AUGAUGCGGCAUGGCAUGAAAGGAGGCACCGGACCUGAGUUUGUCGACCGGAAUGGUGUCUGUCCAUCAUCACAGUCCAUCCUUGCUACUGGUGGGCAGAACGAGUACGGUUGUCCUUGGGCCAUAUGCAGCGUGGCCCUUGUUGCGCCAGGAUUCGGCCACCGCGGUCGAGAGCGUGUCCUGCGACUGCGUGCCACCAGUCGAAAGAAGUAUAAAUUGCGAGCCUUUCGAUCUGCAAAAAGCCAGUACCGCUCACCUCUUCAUCCCUCACAUCAACGCAACCCAAUCUACCACCUUCACCCCUCAAACCAAGACACGAUGCCUCUCAGCCUGUCGUGGGACGACGAUCUCAAGAACCCGUACAAGAAGUCCAAGUCGACAAAGGCGGAAAUCGAGUCCCGCGUUGCUUCGUACGCCGCGAACAACAACCUGGGUGCCGCAAGUGCCGAGAUCAGGAGCACUAUACACUCGGGCGGCACCGACUCGGCGGAGGGACAGCAUGUAACCGUCGCGUUCUUCAACAGCAGCGGGAAGUACAUCGGUACUCACCAUGUCCCGAUGUAG